AUGGCGAGACAAGGCGCCAAGGUUUCCACGGCUGGACGCGCUACUGGCCAUAGUAGCGCUAUCCCAGCGUGGAGAAGAAGAAUUGAGGAACGUAUCGCAAAGGCUAGAGCUCUCAUCGGCAGACUGAUAUGCUUCAGAUCAGGCAACAACAGGCCAAGAAUUGUGCGCACCGUCAGGAUGGCGUUUGCUGGGACAAAUGUCAGUUUGUCCCAGCCGGAUAUAACGCAAAAACUGACGGAGCGCAUAGAUGAUCCGAAGCAGAGAAUCGCUGCUUGGGGAAAGCGGAUUCGGCGAUAUACCGAGAGGUCGACACGGUUCAACCAGAAUCGUCUCUUCCAGAGUGAUCAGAAGAGGCUCUAUGAAUCAUUGGAGCGACCAAUGGUAAGUGGAACGGGUCCAGCACCGAAUCAGGCCGACACUGUAGCAUUCUGGCGCGGCCUGUGGUCAGAGCCCGUAAACCACAGCGAGGGCCCUUGGACGGAAGUUGUGGCGAGUCAGUGUGCGGGUAUUACGCCCAUGGACCCCGUCAUCAUAACGCCGGAUGACGUAGCUGAGGCGGUCCGUAGGGCCCCGAACUGGAAAAAGUCCGGGGCUUGA